AUGGCGAAGCAUAUCUGCUGCACGGGAGGGGCAGGCUACAUUGGCUCGCACACGGUUGUGAAGCUUCUGGAGAGCGGCUACAAAGUUUCAAUUAUGGACAACCUGAUCAACGCGAGCGAGAAGGUCGUCCCCAGACUACAAGAACUGACCGGAAAAGAGAUCCCUCUGUUCAAGAUCGAUGCAUGCGACGCUGCAGCUGUUGACAAGCUCUUUUCAGAGCAGAAGUUCGAUGGCAUCAUCCACUUUGCGGGCCUCAAGGUAGACCAAUGUCUCAGCGCCGCAGUGGCGAGUUCUGAGCUCCUGGCUCUGUCCGUGAGCUCCUCUUCACCAGGCCAAUUGGAUGUCGUAUUCGGUUCGGCGGCCGUCACAGCCGGAGCGGCAGGAGCAUCGCAGACAAGUUGCGGCGUCCUCAAUGCUUGGAUAGUCACGGUGACGGAGCUGGGUGGAGCUUCCACCGAUGUUGAUGUCGGAGCGAACUGCAAUCUUCCAACACCUUCUCUCACAGGUCACACCUGCCAGCUUGGUCUGCAAAGCAACACGGACUACACAGUGGAGGUGCUGGAAGAGUGCAACGAGACAGAGGCCAGAAACAGUUCCAGCUCUUCGGUUCGCACUUUGCCGCAGCCCGCAUCGGCCCCGAAUUUGGUCAUCGCGGAUGUCAGUAGGACAUCGCUGUCCAUCGAAUGGUCCUCUGGUGGGGACGGAGACUGCAUCUUCCAGAGCUGGGAGGCAGAGUGGCGUCCAUUUGGGGGAAGCUGGAUGCUGGCAGAGAACGAGACGGGCACGUCGGAGCUCCUCACGGGCUUGCAGGAAAACGCAGCGUACGAGUUCAGAGUGCGGCAGUUGUGCACCGACAGCAGCUUGAACUCUGCUUACGCAGACUUUCCAGAGUCCCUCCUCACACUUCCCGGCAUCUUCAGCGUCUUUGUGGGAACCAGCACGGACACACGAGUCAUUCAGUUGAGUUACGGUCCGUCGCGCUGCCGUGUGCUGAAGCAGUGUUGCGGAGAUCAGUUCACCGUCUGUCACACCGGAGAAGCCAGAAAGACGGUGACCUUGAGCCGCAUGGAUGUGAUGGGUGGCUGGGGGCAGCCUCUCUGGCUGCAGUGCACUGCCCAGUCUGUGGCGGACUACACGACCUUUACAGAGGACAGCUCCUUCAGCUACCGUCAAGACCAGGUGGCCCGCCUCGGAGAUCGGGCGAGGCCCGAGACGACGGAGGAAGAUCGACGAAGAUUUCAGGCCAGCCCGUUCAUGCAAAGAAUGCGGGAGAUUGAUGAGAAAGCCUGGCAGCAGUUCAGUGAGAGGGACAAGAAGCGGUCCCAGACAGAUCCAAGUUUCAGCCCCAAAGACACAGAUUUCGAAGCGCCGAAGUCCUUCAAGUAUGACAAGUCGGUGAACUACUACAAGACUCUCGGUAUCGAGGAGUAUGCCACCAACGAUGAGAUUAAGAAAGCCUAUCGGAAGCUGUCGCUCAACUACCAUCCCGAUAAGCAGACCAACAAGACUCAAGAGGAGAAGGACGAAGCAGCAGCCAUCUUCAUGGAGAUCAAGAAUGCGUACAAGCUCCUGGCCGAUGAUCCGACCCGGCGUCAGUAUGACUUCGAACGUGAUCGCGACAACGUGAGCGCGCAGAGCCAUGGGAAGAAGCCCCAGGAGAAGAAUGGCUUCGACGCUGGGGAGGCUCUGCAACGGAUGAUGGCAAAAGCCAAGGAGAACAAAAAGCUUCCAAGUGAGAUCAUCACGGUGCCAGUGCAUUGCAGGAUAGAGAAGUUCGUCUUCGGUGGUCAAAAAACCUUGAAGCGCACGAGGCUCGUGAAGGACAAGAGCUACGGUGGUUUCAACGAGGAAGUGAAGAGCUUUCGAAUCGAUUUGCCAGCUGGAGUGGAGCAGCCCUGGAGUGUGGACUUCCGGAGGCAGGGUGACCAGCAUGAGGGACGAGAGGCUGACACGAUCCGCUUUCUGUUCUCGGCGAAGCCGCACUUAUGGUUGGAUCGAGAUGGCCAGGAUAUCAAACUGAGGGAAGCGAUCCAGUUGGGUGCGUCCAUGCGAUCCGAGGCUUACUUGUCUGCUUCCAUCGCACCCUUUUCGGGUCGCCAGGUCUUCAUCUGGGGUCGCAAUCCGUUCCAUGGAUCCACUGCGGUGGCCGAGGAAGGGCAGUUGGCUGUGCAGCUGCACGGCCUCGGCUUGGGCCCGAAGGGAGCCUUGGCUUUGCUUUUGAAGCUGGGGAUGGGAACCAGGCGCGACAGCCAUCGCUUGCACGUGCCGCCGGGGCCCCCGGCCGGGCGCCGACAGUUCCUGGAGCGCUUCGGCCUCGCCCCCUCCGCCGGCUUCAGCGAGCCGCUUCCAGAGCCAGGUGCCGGAAGCAUGCUGCGGACCCUCCUGGAGCGACGCCAGUCCAGGAGAGAGAUGCACGACAAGCUCACUGCGGACAUCGAGUUGAGGCCAAUCGGACAAGCCAUCCGGCUCUUCACCAAGCCACCGAGCACUCUCACUUUUUUGGCUAGCACAGCUCCAAAGUAUGAGCUUUUUGCAGUGAGCCUCGACUGUCCCGCAUGCGGCAAGAAGAAGGCUUCGGCAGAUUGGGACCGGCUGAAGGCCCGCUUGACAACGGUCCCAGAUGUGACUCCGAGGCAAGAGACAGCCUUUAUCCUUCUCGCGCAGGCGCGCAGUGUGCGACCCCGGUCUCUGCUGGCUAAGCCGAUCUUUGAUGAUAGGAUCGCGCUCUCAAGGGCUGAUCGCCCCAUGCCGUGGAAGAACAUGGGCGAUCAGGCUUUCAAGCAGGGGAGCUACUGGAUUGCGUGUGCUGUCUAUGCAAAGCGGCUUGAGGAGUUGCGAAUCGCGGUUCAUGUGCAGACGGAUGAUGAUGCAGAGGAGGAGGAGGAGGAGACGUGUGAAGAGGAGGUGAUCGAUGUGAGCGGACAGCGCGGCCCAGACCUGGUGCCAGAAGCCGCGAAAGUUCUCUCCAACCGGGCGGCUUGUCUCAUCAAGGUGCAGGACUACCUGGCGGCCGUGGCCCAUGCGAGGAAGGCUGCCGCCUUGGCUCCACGCUGGGCUCGGGCCUGGAGUCGCUUGGGCCAAGCGGCCUGGGAGCUCGGGGACAAGUUCCGUGCCGAGGCCGCGCAAGCCUACGCCAAGUCGGUGGAGAUGGACCCGCUGCCCUCCACCGUCCAAGCGCUGCAGAGCAGCGUCUCCCAGUUGCAGGGCCCGAAUCCGGAUGCGUCGCACGCUGCCAAGGAGAAGGGGAACGAGGCCAUCCGCUCGGGUCAGAUUGGUCUUGGCAUUGCCCUCUACACGCAAGGCAUCGCUCAGCUCCCAGUGCCAACGUCAGAGGAUCGGUCGAAUUCCGACGCGAAGCCCGACGAGCACGCGCUGCUUCGGGGAGUGCUCUUCACGAACCGCUCGGCGGCCUUCUCUCGUGUGCGAAGCUGGGAUGCCGCGGUCAAGGAUGCGAAGGAGGCAGUGGCAGCACAGCCAGGCUUGUCCAGUGCUCACUCCCAGCUCGGAGUUGCAUUGCUAGGAAGUGGCUUCCAUCAGGAGGCUUACGUCCAAUUCGCACGGGGAUUCCAGUUGGAUUCAGAGCACAAGCCUUCCAUCAAAGGCCGCAACACCUGCCUCAAGGAGAUGGUGGCCUGGAAGUCGGCCUCUGCCACUGCACGAUACCAGAACCGUUUCUGGCUGGACCUGCGUAGACCAAAGGGUUCGACGAGGAUUUUCGCAAUCUCCGACCUGCACUUCGAUCAGAAAUGCAACGAGGACUGGGCCCAUGCGAUCGAUGACAUAGCCUUCCUGGACGAUGUCCUCAUUGUUGCUGGCAACGUGGCUGACACGAAGGUCGGGAUGGCACGGGCGCUCACCACACUCAAGUCCAAGUUCCGGAGAGUCUUCUACACAGUUGGUAACCACGAAAUGCAAAUCGCGACCUCGGAGUUUGCACGUUAUCCUGACUCUAUCGCGAAGCUUUCUGACAUUUUCAGUACAUGCGACGAGUUGGGAAUUGAUGUUUUCCCUGCCCCGGUGUGCGAAGGGGUUCUAGUGGUGCCGCUCCUUUCCUGGUGCAGUGCCGAAUUCGACCAUGAAGAUCCGUUUCCGGAUCCGAACUCCAACUUCAAUCGUCGCUGCUCGUGGCCCAUGGAUCCAGACUUGCAGGUCUGGAAGUAUAUGAUGAAGUUGAACGAAUCCUUCCUUAGCUUCCAAGGCUAUGAGACCGUGAUUACGUUCUCCCACUUCCUCCCACGACAGGGCCUGCCUUUUGACAAGACCAGGAAGAAUGCUGUGAAGGCUGUAGGCUGUGAUAUGAUUGACGAGCAAGCAAGGGCACUCAAGAGCAAGAUGCAUGUCUACGGUCACGGACGCGUGAGAUAUGCUCAGAUGCACUCGGGUGUGCGGUACGUCAGUCCACCUAUCGGUUUCGAAGCGGAUUGGCCGAAGGACCACCCUCCGCGCCUCAUGCUGGUACAUACCGGGAAGAGCCUCUGCAUGCAAGAGUGGGGAGCAGACGAUGAGCCUCCCUUAGGGUAUGUCAAGCGGCUUCUGAAUUUGAGUUUUUACACCAUGCCCGGUUUGCGUGAGAGUGAGCUUCGGAAGCUCCAAAACACAGUGCAGAGGCACAACUCCUUCACGGGGAUUGCAUGCUCUUUUGACAGCCUUGGCAGCAAAAACCAGGACAAAGAAGCACUGUCAAAGGAUGCGUUCCCAGACUUUGCACAGUUGAGCAAGGAUGCCACGCAUGUCAUGAUCACGGUUGCAGACUGUCUGGACAACCUGAAGGACCUCUGGAAGAGUGAUGCUUUUGCGAAGGACUGGCCUGCCGCGAUUGCACCCCACGCACGCAACACGGUAUCUUUCACCACACCACUCGGAUUGGACCUUGUCCAUGCGAAGAAGCGAGACCCGAUGCUCAUCGUAUACGGCUUACGGUUGAGCGAAGCGGUCAAGGAAGAUGGUGACGAUUAUGGCAAAAUGCAGAAAGCAGUCGAGGCCAUCAACAAGCUUCCUGGCAUCGAUGGCAAGAUUGCAGUGUCCCUCCACCCUACGGGCUUCUCCCGAUUCUCGCACGGUGAGCUGUUGGAAGAGUUGGGUGAGAAAAGUGACAAGAGCUCCGGGCUUACUCAUUGCUUCACGGUGCUUGUGGAUGAGCCAGCCAGCUACAAGAUGCUUGCUCAAAGUAAGACCUUCGGAAAGUGGAAGUCUUCCUACGAGCCUUACCUGGUUGGUCGCGGUCCGAAUGUCAUGGCCUUCGCCCUGCCUCUGGAUAUCGCAGCAACGGCAUCAGCUCCCAAACCUCCCAAAGGGACGAAGGGAAGCAAUGGUUUUUCCAAGUCCAAGCGAUGA